AUGCCGGACAUCGAGUUGGGAUCUCACACUCCUCGAUCCCUUCGAUUCAAGGUGGCAAUGACGCAGAAGCAUGACUGGCUCAUUCUUUUGCUUCUCUUGGUGAUAGAAGCCAUCUUGCUUAUGAUAGAACCGUUUCGCCGUCUUGUUGGCAUGAUGACCGACAUGAAAUACCCUCCUCUUAAGACCAACACUGCGCUCUUUUGGGCUGUCCCGAUUCUCGCCAUAGUGCUUCCGUUCGUCGUCUUUCUCAUUUACUACUUCACCCGCGACGAUGUUCAUGACUUCCGUCCUGCGAUCUUGGGGCUUAUAUCUUCCGUGGCUUUGACUGCGAUGAUCACCGAUGCUCUGAAAGAUACUGUUGGACGACCAAGACCAGACUUGUUCUGGCGGAGUUUCCCUGAUGGAAUAGGGGUUUUUGAUCCUAUGAUGAAGGAUGUCAUCUGUCAUGGAGAUAAGGCUGUGAUAAAGGAAGGCUACAAAAGCUUCCCCAGUGGGCAUACCUCUUGGUCCUUCGCAGGUCUCAGUUACCUUUCAUGGUAUCUAGCAGGGAAAAUUAGAGCAUUUGACCGUUGGAGCCACAUUGCAAAACUCUGCAUCAUACAUUUCCCUUUGCUUCUUGUGGCCUUUGUCGCUAUUUCCCGUGUCGAUGACUAUUGGCGCCAUUGUCAGGAUGUAUUUGCCGGCGCUCUUUUAGGUUCGGUCGUUGCUGCAUUCUGUUACUCGCAGUUCUUCCCUCAUCCAAAUGAUAUGAAUGGUAUGUCUGCACGCUUUGCAGCUAGCUCAAACAAUAAAGCUCCGAAAAUAGCAACUUCUUUCUUUUUAAGUCAUGUCCUUCAUGGGUUAUAUCCUACUUCAGCUGAGGUCUCUGACUCCCUGACCCUCUCCAGCGUGGAGGUGCGAACGGGUGGAGCUUUUCUAUGA